GAGCCUUUGGCUGGCUCUUCCCGAACCCCAACCGCAUCUGCAUUUAAAUGCCGGCCGGCGCGUUUGACCAGCGGGCGCCGCCGAAGCUUUCGCCAACCACGCACAUCGAUCGAUCACUUGCCCGCGGCGGCGGCAUCCCCAUCCCGGAUAUAAUCUCAAGGAGCAGCUCGAUCGGCGGCGGCAGGCGGUGAUCGAUGGGGAAGCUGGCGAGGCUGGUGGACGGCAUCAAGGAGAAGCUGGGCGGCGGGGCCGGGAACGGGAAGAAGAUGACGGCGGCGGCGUGCUACGACUACGACAAGGUGGACAAGACGGAGAGCAUGAGGGUGGAGAUCAGGAGCCGCCGGGCGCGGCAGCUCAUCGCCAAGAACCUCGCCGCCGCCGAUUCCAUCGCCGGGAGCGGCAGCCCCCGUGGCGGCGGUUGCGGCGGAGGCAAGAAGACGAAGAAGCGCUUCUUGGUCUUCUGAUCCGAUCCACGGGGUGGACGAUUCAUCUUCUCCCUUGCAUUGCCGCCGCUCCUCGUCGAUCUUGUCAUGAUCAUAAUGCCGCUCGUCAGUUGCUCAUCCUCAUCAAUCCUGUAGAAACCGUGCAUGCGUGUGCACCUUGAGCAUUUUAUUACUAUUAUUCUCUAGCUAGCUAGAUUUGUGAUCUUCUAAGAAAGAACUAAAAAAAAUUAGUAGUGGAUUCCUGAUUUGCGAGCAUUUAAACGUCUGAAUCCGAAUGGAUUGUGUACUGGAGAGAUAGGCGGUUUUGUUUUU